AUGAUCAAGCCUCAGGAAAGAUUCCUCUCCGAAGGUCAGGGCUACUUUGGCCCGAGAGAAAACCCUAAAACCGAAACCGAAUGCAACGUCUGGGAUUGGGAUCAACUACGCAUGGUCAAGGUCAAAGGCACCGCCAAGCUCUUUCCGCCUGAGGAGGACAAAGAGUGUCAAGUUUUGGCGCAAUUCGCUGAUUACCUGUCGCCAGAAGUUCGCGCAGUUACAGUUGACGACGAUGGGCUCCUUACUGGAGUCUCUACAGAUCCUGAAGAGGACGAUACUAUGUUUGUUGCAUAUCUUCCCUUCUCGACCGUUAAAUCUCUCGCCGAUUGCCGUAUAAUCCGGCACUCCAAACUCCAAGAACUCGAUCGGCUUGGACCAGGGGUUGACCUCGCAUUAUACGACGACGAAUCCGGAAAUCCUCAAAAGGUUGCCUUUAAAUUCUAUCCCUGUGCAAAGCCUCGGAUACUACAGAUGGCCUGGGAUGAGCUAAGCGUUGUUAAAAGUCUGCCGCUGCAUCCUAAUAUAGUGCCAUUUGAUCGCGUUGUCCUCGAGGACGUGGAGUCGCGGGUGAUUGGAUUUACAACAAAGUACAUCCCAGGUGGAAGUCUCGACAAUCCAAGGGUGCCUUUCCGAUUUGAGUGGUUACAACAGCUUACCCAACUCGUGGAUUUCCUAAACCUAGAACUGGGAAUCAUGCAUCAAGACAUUGCACCCCGAAAUCUACUCAUAGAUCCCGACACACAAAAGCUCCUUCUCUUCGACUUUGAUUGGGUCGCAUGCGGAAAGAAAGGCAUGCUGGAUGGUCGAGAUGACCUGACUGGCGUCGUAUUCACCCUAUACGAGCUCAUUACGAACGAUACACACUUCACGAGUAUUGCCCACUGGGAUCGAAAUAUGGACAUGGUGCAGAGUAUCUCGGAGUGGCCUCGUAACCGCAAACUGGACUCUGACGUAUCGACAUUCCGCAACUUUUUGAAUGAAUGGGUAGCGACACGAAAAUCCGGUGGGGACAUGGAACGAUAUCUUAAUGCACCCAAACGGCUUAUAUCGCCGGACCUACCAACAGCGCCAGACUACAAUGUACCUUUCGAACUCGGCAAAACCUUGGAUGGAGAGACGAUUUGGAAAACGGGCCUGCGGUCGACACGUACUGCCAUGGAGAUGGGGCAGUAUUGCUUUCGCUGGCAGAGGCUACCACAAAGCAGGCUGUUGAAGGAGUCUGAAAAUGGCAUGCUGUAG